AGGAAAGUAAGCACCUUAAAUUUUCAAGAUUAUAUUUUGCUCCAAUAUCUCUUUUAUUUACCAUUUGGAAUUUAACUUUUUCAGAUUAUUCUCAAAAUAAAUUGCCUAUCAUAAGAGCACGAGCAAAAACUUCUUAAGGCCUUUUGCAAACGGUAUAAAUGAUUAGUUGCGUUUAAGAUCAUAAUUUAAGGACAAGAAUAAAGGUUAGCAAAAAAGAUGAGCUUUUGCUCAGACCAUUCCAGCUUUUGGUAAUGAAGAUGCUAAAAAUUAGAAUAAGUAUUAAAUGAUUAAAUCUAUCAGAUCAAUCUUUAGAGUUGGCAAUCUAAUCUUUACUCAAUGCUAUUGAACUAUCAAGUAAUGAUUUUCUUAAAUCUCAAAGGACUUGAAUGUUUCCAUUUGGUAAUCUAAAAAC